CGCCCACCCCCUGCAUGCACACGCUCUAAGUAAUUGCACUCUUCCAAAGUCCCUCCAGGGCGGCCCUCGCACGCCGACGCCCCCAGCGAGAACAACUACCAGCGACGACCAGCCGCAGCGCAUCCCUCCACAAUGGCCCCCGACCCAGCGCCGCCACUCCCCUUGGCCGCCAACCGCGCCGCCCUCUCCAACCGCAUCUCCAUGCUGCUCGCCUCUCAAUCCUCCGUCCUGAAAACCAUGAGCCUCACCCGCCCGCCCGCCACAGCCACGGCAGCGAGACGCGCGCCGCCCCCCGACGAGGACGACUUCCUGCGCGGGCCGAGGCCCAACGAGGGCGUCGGCUACGUGGCCGAUGCCAAGGACGUCGCCAAGCCCGCGAACUCCCGCGAGGAGCGGCUGCUGCGCGGCAAGGUGCGCAAGGGCAACGGGAAGGCCCUGCGCAAGGAGGAGAGCGAGAGCGAGGACGAUGUCGGGAGGAGCGCGUUAGGAAAGAGGAAGAGGCCGAGGAGGGAAGUGAUGCGUGCUGAUGCUGGUGAGACGGGUCCCCAAGUGGACACGAGUGCGGGUGUGGAUAUGGAGGACAAGACCAAAGGCGAGGAGGACAAUGUCCCUGUCGUGAACGAGGUCGUGAACGAGGCAGCGGAGGACAUCGUCCAAGAUGUCAAAGACAACGAUGAGGGCUCAAAAAAGAAGCGCAAGAGGAAAAACAAGAAGAAGAAACAAAAGACCGCCAUUGCCCAAGAAUAAGAAGAGCAUCCUAGCCACCACAACAAAUAUCAAGACAGUAAUGGCAAUAUUUCAUAACAUGCCAAUAAUAAAU